AUGUCUUUAGUACCUUCAGAAUUUGUCAAUCAAGAAUCAGCAAUCAUAAACCACGCUGUACUACUUCAUAUCAUUCGAGUUGAAGACAUCAGUACCUCCAAGUUCAAUCAAAUAGAGGAAUGGAAGGAAGUUCUGGACCCAAACAAUCGAUCAGUUGAUCGGUUGAAUAAAUCAACGAGGCUAGUUCGUGAAAUCAACUUUCAAGAUGAUGACGACCAGCAAACCUCUUCUACUAAUAAACUGAAAGGAUCUUCCACUUACAAGCUUCUACUAAGAGAUAAAGACAAUCACUUUAUAUACGCUUAUGAACUUGAACCAUUAAAUUUCCUUCGCAAAGAGCAGACAAAUACUCCAAUGCCAAUUAAAUUGGGAGGUAGACUUUUAGUCAAGCCUGGAACCAUGAUCCUGAGAGGCGUUCUUUUACUAAAUCACAAGAAUUGCGAGUAUAAAGGUAUACAUACGUCGGAUGCAAGUUUGGUUUCGCUAUUGAAUGACGGACUAUCAACUAGGGAAAUUGACAUUUUAUCCAACUCAUGA